AUGGAUUUCCGUACCAUCUGGAUACGGGACCGUUUGUGCAAGAUACUAGGCGUAUUUGAGCCGCGCUACAUCGACACGGUGCUGAACGAGCUGUACGACGAUCUGGUUGCAUUUCUCGAUGACGCCGUUACUGAUCAACGAGACGACCACAAGCGCAUUCUGUUCGCGUACCGCACGUUUUACGAGCGGCUUAUCGAGGAAAAGGUGACCGCUUUCGAACCAGCGACGACGGGAGGACCCCAACCAGGAACGUCGGAGCCACCGGAACAGACCCAAAAAGAGAAGAAAGGCAAAAAGGUCAAAGACAAGAAAAAAGGAAAACCAAAGAAAGGAAAGAAAGGAGACGCUGACCAUGAGAUUACUGGAGACGCUGGAUUCCUUGGAGCUAACAACGAUAAUGAGCUGGUUGAAGUUACCAAAAUUGUUCCAACAUCAAUCAAAACACCAAUAGUACAUAUUUGCUUCGGUAUAAUCCCCGAGGAGAAAAUCGACCCCAACAUUCGCUACAUGUAUAUGGUCCGUCGGCUGUGCACUCCAAUCGGCACAUUUCAAAAUCUCGAAGAUUGCGUCGCGGAAAUGCCACGCAAAGUUAUCGUCGGGUGUAUUAAAGGCAACUUGAUACACAACGCUAAAGAGAUGCUGGAAAGAAUCUACAGACCAGGUGUCGAGUUUCAAUUCCGCGAACCGGACACCAAGCGCCCCAAGCCCGAAAAGGGCGCGAGUGUGGACGAGGAUGAGGUGCCCGAUCGGGCAUCUAGCAGAAUAAGUGUCGGUUUGAUAGACUACUCUCGCCCUUCGGACUUUCGCAUGAAGGCAAUGCAAGCGAAGAAGCUCACACCGAGUGCGGCAAUGCGCGAGGAAUCAGCCUUGGAAAACAGCAGCCGUCAGUCGUUGGCUGACACACCCAGCAGCGAGUCUAACCUAACUCAAACGAAAGCAUCCGAAUCGACCACUGGCGAAAGUGACGCUAAGUGCCCGCUGCCACAGACUUCGUCAGAACGCUGGAGCACGUUGCUGGCGGAGUCGAAAGAGAAGGGUCGAGUAGAGCGGAGUAAGCCCUUACCAAAACCACCUCCAGAGGAAAGCCCAAUGAAGCAGAACCUGGAAGCGAACCUGGAGAAAUUCAUCGACACACUUCAGUGGACAAUUGAUCAUGUAGAGUGUGCAUUCGGCCUUCCCACACAGUAUAAUGCGCCUCAUCAAGAGAACAUAACCGUGGACGAGGAUAAAUUUAAAAUCAAAGUCGAUAUUGGCAAGACCGCGAUCGAAGAUUUAACAACGCUACAGUUGGAGGAAAUUGUCGAGGGAUGGUCAAUCUACAUCGGUAAAGUAUUGCGAGAAUCGAACGAGAAAGAACCAGUGGAUAAUACUCCGAUGUCCGAAUAUAAUCUUUGGGUUGAGCGUGAAUUGCAGUUUAACUCUAUUAUAGAGCAACUGAAAGCCCCGUUUGUCAUUCAGGUGUUUGAUGCUUUGCAGGACAAUCAAAGUAACAUCAUGAAGGCCUGGCCGGAUCGAUUUCGUAAGCUAAAGGAAGCUCUUUGCCUUACUCGGGAAAACGUAGAACACCUGGCGAUGCUCCAGAAUUACCUCGAGAAAAUCAAAUCCAGUGAUGACUUCAAAUUCAUCCUAUCCAUUAUUCCGAACAUAACGAUCAUACUGAGACACAUUUGGACAAUGUCAAACUAUUACAGCCUGGAUGAGAACAUGCUCAGCCUGAUCGGGAAGAUAUCCUUCGUGUUUGCAGAGAAAGUUAAAAUAUUAAUUAAUGUGGAUACCAUUUUCAAACACUCAGCAGCGCACAUACACAAGUGUGCAUCCAACUGUGCAGCACUGUUGCAAGCUUGGAAGCAGUCCUACUUGGAGACGAGGUCCCAGAUCGAGCUGUCAGGGAUUGGAUCGCGCUGGGAAUUUGAUAAGAAUGUGCUGUUCCGUGAAAUCGACCAUAUGACACGUAUCAGCCGCGACAUGGCGCACAUUGCGCAGGUGUUCCUUGAUUUUGAAAACAUUUUCGACGCAAAUUUUAAAGCCAUGAUUACCGACUCCGAAGAGUUAGACAACACUCUAAGCAAGGUUUAUCGCCUCAUCAAUCACAUCAUUUCGGUCGACUACGACAUUUUCGCCUCGAGCAAUUUGGCCAACUGGGAGGCAACGCUGGACUACUUUCAUAAGGGCGUCGAACAGGUGGAACACGAGGCUAAAGUGGCCCUCGACCGCUGCAUACCAUCGCUACGGUCCGCCGAACUUGGGCUGGAGCUGAUAAAAAAUUUAGACCGCAUUGAAACCCGACCGGCAUUGGCAAAGCAUUUAUCAUCUAAGUAUGAAAAUAUUAUGAAACAAUUCCUGGCGGAAGUUGGGAUGGUUGAGCACGAGUUUCUGAUGCAUAAAAACGAUCCACCUUUGCAACGCAAUGAACCACGCUACGUUGGGGCGGUAUUUUGGGAACGUUCCUUGCUGGACUUCAUUCGGAAGUCAAUGGCCGCUUUCAGAGAGUUCGAGACCAGUAAGCGAUACGCCGAAACGUCGCUGCAACGCACCGCUUUUAGUCAGUACAUGCAGCUAGUGAGCAACUUUAAGGAGUACGAGAAGGACAACUUUGAGAGGUUCAUUGGAUACGGUACCAAAACGGUUAACAGUGUGCUGAAGCGAAAUAUUUUGAAAUUGGAAUUUUCUGAAACAAUACUGGAGCUAACAAGAGAGAAAAGUGCACAGAAGUCCAAGAAAGAUAAACCAUCCACACGCCGUCCUUCCGCGCUUAUGACUGGCAAGGAUCGUUCCCGAUACACCAACAUCGCCACAGCAGUUCGUUGGCUCGUCAAUCGUCCCGAUGCCAUGGAUCCACAACUCGCCCUUGCCCAAAAGCUUGUUCGAGCCGUUCGCAAUACACCUUCCCAGAUAUCCACCAGCGGCACGCAGACACCCGCUAGUGAAUUCAAAAUCAAUCAAGCCCAAUUGAUGGUGUCAGCAGUUUCGCAGAAGAAAAUUCCCACGUGGCGUGAAGUAAUCGGCGAAUCGGUGCUCAUCGAAUACAAGCUUAAGUUUGCAUUGAACUUUUCGUACGACAUAUUCGACGUCAUCAACGAAGGUCAACAGUUCGAGUAUUUGGGAUUCACAUUAAGUCCAACCAUUAGGAUGGCCAUUAUGAGAAAAGACCAAUUGUUCCGAGAUGUUGAAUGUGUCAAGAAAAUGAUAGAAAAGUACAACGACAUUGUCCUCAAUCUGUCUACACCUGAGGUUCAUUUUCUAAGAAGUCAUUUAUAUGAAGUUGAAACAAUCAUUCAGGCUGGACUGGGGCGAUUUACAUGGCAGUCAUUUAACAUCGAAGCGUAUGCCAAUAAAUGCCAGACGUUGAUGAAGAGCUUAUCGUCUUUGGUGUUGCAAAUUGGCUACAUAAGCAACGAUAUAAAGGUGCGCAUCGAACGGCUCGAAUCUUUUGCCAUGUUCGAAUUGGAUGGAGAUAGAACAAAGGAAUCUAAAGUGGCUGCAGCAGAAGUUGUCCUAAAAGCGCCGACCCAACAAAAGGAACACCACCAUGCGCAUCAUCAUCAAUCGCAUCGGCAGCAUCAUCAGCAGCAAGAUUCGCGUCACGAGAGUGUCACGCCAACCGACGGUACCGCCAUGGGGUUGACCAUUACAUCCGGUCGGGCUGACGAAGGUGGUGAUUUAGAAAAGCGUCAAAAACGACCGAAGAAAGUCUCCAUCAAGGAAACGGACGACAACAUUAAGCCGUGCCGCGAUUACUUCGACGCAUUGGAGAAGGAUCGCAAUGCGAAAACAAUCAAGCUGCUGGAGCUGUAUGACUCCAUAGGACCUAUUUUGAUUAAAUUGGAAAGUUUAGUAUUGGGUACUUUCACAGGCGAGUGUUCUGAAAUGAAAUACUACUACAAUCACUGGGAAAAACAAGUGUUUGGUUGCUUCACAAGAUUCGCAGCGAAAAAUUUGGAAAAGUUUAUGACUCAUUUAUUGCACAAUCAACCGCUUUUUGAAAUAGAUGCAGUCCUAGUUGCCUCUGAAAUUGAGAUGCGACCAUCGUCAACAGAUACCUACAGCAUUAUGAUAAAUUCCGUAAAGGAUUUUUUACUAAGACUGAAACAUUUUAAACGAUGGGCUGCUGAAACUUGUCUCCCAUGUCCGGCAUCAAAAAGUGAAAAAAAGGAUUUUUUCUUUACUUUCUUUGAGGACGUCGUACAGAUUUCUCAAGUUUGCGAAUUUGUAAUCAAUUUACAACAAACUGUUCUGCAUUUAGUGAAUGAGGUGCUCACUUAUUUUAAAAGCUGGAAAAAGUAUCGCCUUCUUUGGACUGUCGACAAAUUGAGCGUUUGUGAGAAAUUUCUCAAAGAAAAUGUUUCAUUGGAGAAACUAGAUGAAAAAUUCAUUUACUACACUCAGAUCGUAAAUGAUUUUGAACGGCAUAAACCGUUUCAUGAUAUCAAAUGCAUUCGCGUUAAUUUAAGGCCGCUGAUCAAGGGUAUUGUUGAUAAUGCGGUAGAGUGGCGUAACACUUUGGGAAAUAUUGUUGCCGAAAGAACUAGAAAAAAUAUGAUAGAGCUACACGAGCAUAUGAUGAAACUGAGAAACGAUUUGGAUAAGAACGUCAAAGAACUUUCACAUUUUAAAACGGUUAUGCAAACUAUUCAGACCAUUCAAGCUAGCACCUUGACCGUUGAGCUGAAAAUUCACGAAACGCAAGAGAUUUACAAUAUAUUGGAAGAACAUCGCAUUAAAUUUCCUCUCGGUGAUAUGAUCAUGGCAUAUCAUUUGGAAAAACGAUGGAAAAAACUUUAUCAUUCGGCAUUGCUGCGCUCAGAAAAACUCCAACCGACGAAAGUAAAGUUUGCAGAGAUCACUCAAAAAGAAAUCAACAUUUUUAGUGAAGAGUUGGCGAAAUUCAUUACAAAAUUUCAAUCAGAAGGUCCAGGUACCGUAGGAUUGGAUUUGGAUAAAGGAGUUGAGCUGAUGGAUACUUAUGGAAAAGAAAUCGAUCAGAUGGAUCGACAGCGAAUUGAGCUUGAAAAUGCGGAAAAACUUUUCGACAUUCCAUUGACUGAUUAUAGCAAUUUUUUGCAAUGCAAACUCGAAUAUGAAGAAAUGCAAGUGGUUUACAAGCUCUAUGUUCAACAAAAAGUAGCUCGAGAAAAGUGGUCUCAUACGUUAUGGGCAAAUCUCAAUCCACAAGCAUUGUUAGAAGGAAUCGACAGGUUUUUGAAGGAGUUUCGGUUGCUGCCAAGAAAUAUUCGACAAGCUUCCGUUGGUCACGCACUGGAUACAAAAAUGAAGCAAUUCAAGUCCUCCAUCCCACUGAUGCUGAGCUUAAAGGACGAAGCUCUGCGGGAACGUCACUGGAUGAAGUUAAUGGAAAAAACUGGUCAGCAGUUCGACAUGUCACCGGAUCGAUUUACGCUUGAGAACAUGUUUGCAAUGGAACUGCAUAAAUAUCAAGAAAUUGCUGAAGAAAUUAUCAAUAAUGCUAUUAAAGAGUUAGCUAUUGAACGGAGCGUCCAGGAAAUUGCCACCAUCUGGCAGCAAAUGUGUUUCAACAUGGUGCGAUAUGAAAAGGGUGGUCGAAUGCGAGGUUAUAUAUUGGGAGCUACUGAUGAAAUCAUGCAGGUACUCGAGGAAAAUUCAAUGAAUUUACAAUCCAUGGCAGCUUCUCAAUUUAUUGGUCCUUUCAUGCCAACAGUGCAAAGGUGGGAGAAACACUUAACACUCAUAUCUGAAAUAAUUGAUGAAUGGGUUAGCGUGCAACGAAAGUGGCUCUAUUUGGAAAGCAUCUUUAUCGAUGGCGACAUAAGCAGCCAAUUGCCCGAAGAAGCAGAAAAUUUUAACACGAUUGACAAGGAAUUUCGGGAGAUUAUGAGCGCGAGUAGCGAUAACCCGUUGGUUGUCGACGUUUGCCUCGUUCCGGGACGAUGGAAUGACUUCAUUCGACUUGGUUCGGCGCUUGAUGGUUGCCAGAAAUCUCUGAACGAUUACUUGGAACAAAAGCGUCGGGCAUUUCCAAGAUUCUAUUUUAUAUCGACCGACGAGUUACUGUCUAUCCUAGGGGACAGUGAACCGACGUGCGUCCAGGAGCACAUAAUAAAGAUGUUCGAUAACAUAAAAUCUUUACGAUUUGCUAAAGAUCGAUUUGACACGCCAACUGUAACGGCCAUGAUUUCAAGUGAGGGCGAGGUGAUGGAAUUUGAGAACCAUGUGCCAGUGCAGGAUCGAGUAGAAAAUUGGAUGAACGAAGUGCUAAAAGAAAUGCGCCGUACAAAUCGAUUUAUUACGAAAAAAGCAAUCUACCAUUACGGCAAAGACCGUGAACUCACACGGCCAGACUGGAUAAUGAUAUACCAAGGAAUGGUUUGCUUGGCCGCGAAUCAGGUAUGGUGGACGGCCGAGGUUGAAGAAGUGUUUGACAAAGUGCGCCGUGGUAACAAACGUGCCAUGAAGGAAUAUCUCCAGAACCAGAAUCGUCAACUUGAUGAACUUGUGCUGAAAGUACGUGCGAAUCUGACUCCAAACGAUCGCUUGAAAUUCAAAACAAUUGCCACUAUAGACGUUCACGCACGAGAUAUCAUAGAGGGUUUCGUGCGGGAUAGCAUUUUGGAUGCACACGAGUUUGGAUGGGAAAGUCAAUUAAGAUUUUAUUGGAUACGAGAAAUGGAUAAUUUAUUUGUUCUUCAAUGUACUGGAAAAUUCGAUUACGGUUACGAGUAUAUGGGAUUAAAUGGACGGCUCGUUAUCACACCAUUGACUGAUAGGAUAUAUUUAACAAUCACGCAAGCCUUGACGAUGAAUUUGGGCGGUGCACCGGCUGGCCCAGCUGGAACAGGAAAGACUGAAACUACGAAGGAUUUAGCGAAAGCGCUGGCGUUGCUGUGUGUUGUAACGAACUGUGGCGAGGGCAUGGAUUUUCGAGCAGUUGGAACGGUUCUUUCAGGAUUAACACAAUGCGGUGCAUGGGGAUGCUUCGACGAGUUCAACCGUAUCGAUAUAUCCGUGCUGAGUGUCAUCUCAACCCAACUACAAACGAUUCGAACCGCGUUGGUAUCCCGUGUAGCAACAUUCAUGUUUGAAGGCAACGAAAUCAACCUCGAUCCCAAGGUUGGCAUCUUUAUAACAAUGAAUCCUGGAUACGCCGGGCGAACGGAGCUACCGGAGUCGGUGAAGGCCUUAUUUCGUCCGGUGACGUGCAUCAUGCCGGAUCUGGAGCUUAUCUGCAUGAUAUCGCUGUUUUCGGAUGGUUUCAUAUCGGCCAAGGUGCUUGCAAAAAAGAUGACCGUUCUUUACAAAAUGGCACGAGAACAGUUGUCCAAGCAAUUCCAUUACGACUGGGGCCUACGAUCGCUGAAUGCGGUGUUGCGUAUGGCUGGAGUGAACAAACGAAAAUCUCCUGAAAUAUCCGAAGCAGCUACGCUAAUGAGGACGCUCUUCGAUAUGAAUUUUCCCAAGUUUGUAUUCGACGAUGUGCCCUUGUUCAUGGGUCUUAUAAAGGAUUUGUUUCCCGGUGUCGAUUAUCCGCGAAUCGGUUACCCGGAAUUCAACGAAGCAGUGAAGCAAGUACUCCUGACAGACGGAUUUAUCAUUAUUCAGAAGCAGAUGGACAAGGUACAGCAGCUGUAUGAAACAAUGAUGACUCGCCAUUGUACGAUGGUGGUAGGUCCAACAGGAGGAGGAAAAACUGUGGUGCUUAAUACUUUAAUAAAGGCGCAAACUAAUAUGGGACUACCAACAAAAUGUACAGUCCUCAAUCCAAAGGCCUGUUCCGUGAUUGAACUUUACGGUUUUCUCGAUCCCAGCACACGCGAUUGGGUCGAUGGAUUGUUCUCAAACAUAUUUCGAGAGAUGAAUAAGCCCACCGAGCGAGACGAACGUCGAUACGUUUGCUUCGAUGGGGACGUUGACGCGCUGUGGAUUGAAAAUAUGAACUCCGUCAUGGACGACAACAAAUUGCUCACACUGGCAAACGGAGAGCGCAUUCGGCUGAAUAGCUACUGUGCGCUUCUGUUUGAAGUCGGUGAUCUAGCGUACGCUUCGCCGGCCACGGUCUCUCGGGCUGGCAUGGUUUACCUCGAUCCCAAAAACCUCGGAUAUGCAUGCUACUGGGAGCGUUGGCUCAAAACCCGGUAUCUUGGUGAACAUGAAAUACUACAGAAAACAUUCAACACUGUUAUUCCCACGACUAUUGAUUACGUGCUCGAGGGCGUCGAUGGGAAUAAUCAAGAGAACCCAUUGGAGCUAGUUAUUCACCAAACCAACCUGAACAUGGUGGUGCAGCUAUGCCAGUUUUACGACUCACUCUUUCCCAUGAAAACGGCCACCUGCCCGCACGAGGAGGAUGUGAUCGAAAGUGGUUUCAUUCAAUGCAUCUAUCUAUCACUCGGGGCCUCGUUGCUGGAAGAAUCACGAAUUCGUUUCGAUGCUUUCGUCAAACGCAGCCUAGAAAUGAUGGCAGCUGAGGAUACGCGGGAAAAUCCUGCCACUACAGGACAACUACCGACAUCGAAACCGACCUUAUUCGAUUAUUUCUUUGACAUCGAGCGCAAGCAGUGGCUCGCAUGGGACUGGAUUAUUCCAAACUAUGUCCAUGAUGCGACAUUAAAUUUCAGCGACAUCUUGGUGCCAACAAUGGACACUCUGAAAAUAGAGAAAAUGUUGGAUCUAAUGAAUAAGGUCCGUCGACCCGUUGUUUUAGUGGGAGAUCCCGGAACAUCGAAAACAGCUGUCAUAUCACAUUUUCUGCGGCAUUUGAAUCGGGACGCAUUUGUGGUGCUUAACAUCAACUUUUCAUCACGCACGUCUUCCAUGGACGUUCAAAAAACCAUCGAGGCGGCGGUAGAAAAACGAACAAAGGACAUUUUUGGACCACCGGUGGGAAAGAAACUCGUCACCUUUAUCGACGAUAUGAACAUGCCGCAAGUAGAUAACUACGGCACGCAACAACCUAUAGCAUUACUCAAGCUGCUACUGGAAAAGGAGGGCAUGUUCGAUCGUAGCAAAGAUUUGAGCUGGAAAAAGUUUAAGGACAUGUCUUUCAUUGCCGCCAUGGGACGAGCCGGAGGAGGCCGUAACGAGGUGGAUUCACGGUUCAUCUCGAUGUUUUCCGUUGUCAAUAUCAUCUUUCCCAACGACGACACAUUGCACCACAUUUACAUGUCGAUUCUCAAAGGCCACCUGGAGCCAUUCGUAGCCGAGUUGGGAGCAAAUGCGAACAAAUUGAUAGAGAUAACGUUGGCUUUAUUUAAAAUACUCGUCACGAAGCUCCCACCGACGCCGUCUAAGUUUCAUUACAUAUUUAACAUGAAGGAUCUAUCCCGGAUCUUCGCAGGCAUGAUGCAAAUCCAUCCGAACUACUUCAAAGAGACGCGCCAUUUGGUUCGAGUUUGGCGCAACGAGUUUUCCCGUGUGAUUUGUGAUCGCUUAAUUAGCGAACCCGACCAACAGUUCAUGGAGCAGCAAAUUAGCGACCACAUAAUGGAACAAUUUCCCAUUCCACGCAGCUUCCGGCACACGGUGCAAGUAGAUCAGCAGCGACAGAGCCGGCUGGAGUCGAGAAUCAAAAGCGCCGUGGUCGAGCUAUCGGUAGCUCAAUACGCGCUCAGGGACCCGAUGCUGUUCGGGGAUUAUCGAAAUGCUGUCAACCCAGCAGAAGAGCGCUUCUACGAGGAUCUGCUCGACUACGAGGCCAUUUACUUCCUGUUCCAGGAGAUACUGAUGGAGUACAACGAACAGCGAGCAAAAAUGAGCUUGGUGUUGUUUGAAGAUUGUCUCGAACAUUUGACGCGUGUUCACCGGACAUUGCGAAUGCACCGUGGUCACGUCAUGCUGGUCGGUAUUGGAGGCUCGGGCAAACAAAGCAUCACGCGACUGGCUUCGUUUGCAGCUGGAUGUGAAAUCUUCGAAAUCGUGCUUAGCCGCGGGUACAAUGAAGCAUCAUUUCGUGAGGAUUUGAAGACGUUAUUCUUGCAGGUUGGCGUACGAAACGUUCAAACAUGCUUCAUCUUUAAAGCCGCUCAAAUUGCGGAAGAGGGAUUUCUCGAGUUCAUAAAUAAUAUUUUAACCACUGGAAUGGUGCCAGCAAUGUUUACGGACGACGAAAAGGAUCAGAUAAUUGGUCAGUGCCGUGGUUCAGCGCAGGAAAAUGGCUAUGCGCCUAGCAAGGAUGGUGUUUGGUCAUUUUUCCUCGAUCGAGCGAUACGCAACCUGCACGUAGUCCUCUGUAUGUCACCCGAGGGAGACGCGCUACGCAAUCGCUGUCGCAAUUUUCCGGGGCUUGUUGGCAGCACUACGAUAGACUGGGUGUUUCCGUGGCCCCAGCAGGCAUUGUUUGCUGUGGCAAAGGUAUUUCUUGCUGACCAUCCAAAGAUCCCGGAAAACUACCGGGAGCCAAUCAUAGCUCAUAUCGUCCACGUUCAUCAAUCGCUUAAGGGCUACAACUUGCAGUAUCUUACAAAACUACGCCGUAAGAAUUUUGUCACCCCAAAGCACUAUUUGGAUUUCAUCAAUACAUACUUGAAAUUAAUCGACGAGAAAGAUAAUUUCAUCAUGCAACAGUGCUCUCGACUAUCGGAUGGAAUCGAGAAAAUUAAUGAAGCCUCACUUCAGAUCGAUCAAUUGAGUAUCAUCGUCGAAGAGCAGCGGAAAAAUGUCAUCGAAGCGGCGGACCGUUGUGAAUCGAUGCUGGCGGGAAUUGAGACAUCAACCGAGAAGGCCAAUGUUAAAAAGCUUGAAGCGUCGGAAAAAUCCGUCGAGGUAGAGCAACAGAAGAAAAUUAUCACCGUAGAAAAAGCGGAAGCCGAAGAAGCACUAGCAGCAGCUCUUCCCGCGCUCGAAGUUGCCCGAUUGGCUCUGUCGGAUUUGGACAAAUCGGACAUCACUGAGAUUCGAAGCUUUGCUACUCCGCCCGAACCGGUACAGGUGGUGUGCGAGUGUGUCGCGAUUAUCAAAGGAUACAAGGAUAUAUCGUGGAAAACAGCGAAGGGAAUGAUGUCUGAAGGAACCUUUUUAAGAAGCCUGCAGGAGCUGGAUUGCGAUGCCAUUACGCAGAAACAGGUGGCAACGGUUCGAGCUAACAUGAAAAGAUCGCAAAAGCUAGACGAAAUGCAGAGUAUUUCUAAAGCUGGCUAUGGGUUGCUGAAAUUCGUUCGUGCCGUACUGGGUUACUGUGACGUUUUUAAAGAGAUUAAACCGAAGAAAGAUCGCGUGGCUUUCCUAGAGUCAGAGCUGAACGGACAGAUUCGCCUCCUGGUGAAGCUGACGAACGAAAUUGGGAAGCUUGAGAACGAGUUGUCAGAACUCAACAGUAAAUACGCAAAUGCCAUCAAAGAGAAGCAAAUGCUGCAGGAAAUGAUGGAACAGGCGGAAAGACGAUUGUUGGCAGCAGACAAGCUGAUUUCCGGCUUGAGCUCCGAGCGUGACCGGUGGGUGAUCGAUCUGGGCAAGCUGCAAGUCGAGCGAACAAAAGUCAUCGGAAAUUCCUUGUUAUCAUCCUCGUUUCUGGCCUACAUGGGCCCGUUUUCGUGGGAGUUUCGAAAAGCGAUUCUCUUUGAUGAUUGGCUCGCUAACGUGAUCGAGCAGGAAGUACCGUUCACCGAGCCGUACCGCGUCAACGGAAAUCUUUCAAAUGAUCUAGAGCAAAGCACGUGGGCCUCUGAAGGACUACCGCCGGAUGAGCUGUCAAUACAGAACGGUAUACUCACGACCAGGGCCUCCCGCUUUCCGCUUUGCAUUGAUCCGCAGCAACAAGCGCUUUCCUGGAUAAAAAAACGAGAAACACCGAACAAUUUGAAAAUUCUCUCCUUCAAUGAUAGGGAUUUUCUGAAACAGCUAGAGAUGGCUAUCAAAUAUGGCACGCCUGUGUUGUUCCAAGACGUAGAUGAUUACAUUGAUCCGGUAAUUGAUAACGUGCUAGAGAAGAAUAUCAGAGUACACGCGGGACGACAGAUCGUCAUAAUUGGCGAUAAGGAAAUUGAUCUUGAUGCAAAUUUUCGAAUGUACCUAACGACGAAACUGGCAAAUCCUAAUUUUGAUCCAGCUGUGUACGCAAAGGCACAAGUCAUAAACUAUACCGUAACUGUCAGCGGUUUAGAAGAUCAGCUGUUGAGCGUAGUGGUACGAGCAGAGAGAUCCGAUCUUGAAGAGCAACGUGAGAUGCUGAUCGCGGAAACUAGUGCCAACAAAGCUCUGCUACAAAAUCUGGAAGAUUCGCUAUUGCGCGAGCUAGCAACAUCGACAGGCAACAUGCUGGACAAUGUGGAGCUUGUGUCUACCUUGGAAAGUACCAAAGAGAAAGCUGCCGAAGUAUCUCAAAAGAUUGUGCUAGCGGAACAAACGUCCAAAGAAAUCGACCACCUGCGAAAUGGCUAUCGGCUUGCAGCGCAACGUGGGGCGAUCCUGUAUUUUGUGCUGUCCGAUAUGGCUGCGGUUAAUGCUAUGUAUCAGUAUUCACUAAGCUCGUACCUGGAAGUGUUCGUCUUCUCGUUAAGAAAGGCUGUUCCGGAUAAUAUUUUAUCGAAACGAUUGAAUAACAUCAUUAACACGCUGACACGAAACGUUUACGAGUACGGGUGUAUCGGUAUAUUCGAAAAACACAAACUACUCUACUCCUUCCAGAUCACUAUCAAACUAGAGCAGAACAAAGGCAAUCUCUCCCAAGCAGAGGUCGAUUUCUUUAUCAAAGGAAAGGUUUCGCUUGAGAAAUCUGAUCGGCCAUGCCCGGUUACAUGGAUUAGUGAAAAAGGGUGGCAGGAUAUUGUUAUGCUAGGGGAAAUUUUUCCCGAAAAGUUUGGCGAUUUACCCGUCCACAUCGAACGAAACAUUUACGAAUGGACCUGUUGGUAUGAUAUCGACGAUGCCGGAGGUUACGAAUAUCCUGGAAAUUUUGAAGAACGAAUGCUUCCUUACGACCAUUUACUGCUGAUGAGAUGCCUCAGAGUAGACCGAGUGUACCGGAUGUUGACCAAUUAUGUUUCGCAAACUAUGGGCGAGGAAUAUAUCACUCCACCAAUUUUAAGCUUCGAUUCAAUCUACGAGCAAUCAACGGCCUCCACUCCAGUUGUAUUCAUUUUGAGCCCUGGUUCGGAUCCAACCAGUGACCUGAUGAAGCUUGCCGAUCGUUGUGGGUUUGGGGGAAGCAAAUUCAAACACAUUUCCCUUGGACAAGGGCAGGAAACAGCUGCCCUCAAACUGCUUUAUUCUGCGCUUGAACAAGGACAGUGGCUCAUGCUGCAGAACGGGCACCUGCUGAUCAGCUUUAUCAAGACGCUAGAAAAAAUAAUUGAUUCCAUCGAAAAGCCUCAUCCGGAUUUCCGACUGUGGAUAACGACUGACGCCACGCCAACGUUCCCGAUUGGCAUUUUGCAAAAAUCCCUGAAAGUCGUUACCGAGCCACCCAACGGGCUGAAGAUGAACCUACGAGCCACAUUUUUCAAACUUCGUCAGCAAACCCUCGACGCUUGCACACACCAUGCAUUCAAACCAUUAGCCUACGUUUUGGCUUUCUUCCAUGCGGUGUUACAGGAGCGCCGGAAGUACGGAAAGUUGGGAUGGAAUAUUAGCUACGAUUUCAAUGAAUCCGAUUUCAAUGUAUGCCUUCAAAUUCUCGAUACCUACUUGACAAAAGCAUUGGAUUCUCGAGAUAGUCGUCUACCGUGGAACAGCUUGAAAUACUUAAUCGGUGAAGUCAUGUAUGGUGGGCGAGUAAUUGACGAUUUCGACAGACGUGUGGUAAAAACGUACAUGGAUGAGUACAUGGGAGACUUUCUUUUCGACACAUUUCAACCGUUUACUUUUUACGGGGAUGAAACAUACACUUAUGCUCCAAUUGUCGCUCCCAACAGGGAUGAAUUCAUCGUUGCAAUUGACAAACUACCACUCAACAAUACACCGGAAGUGUUUGGAUUACAUUCGAAUGCAGAAAUUGGAUAUUAUUCAACAGCAGUUCGUGAAACCUGGACACAUCUCAUUGAUUUACAGCCACAAACAGGUGCGGAUACGGGUGGCAUCAGCCGGGACGAGUUUAUCGACAGGGCAGCGGUGGACAUUUUGAAAAAACUGCCAAAGCCGUUCGAUAUUUGGCGAGUGAAAAAGGCGUACCAGGUCAACAUCACACCCAUCUGCGUCGUGCUGCUACAGGAGCUGGAACGGUACAAUCGACUGAUCCAGCGGAUGGAUCACACGCUGAACCAGCUCCGAAAGGCGCUGGCUGGCGAGAUUGGUAUGGAUGCGAUACUCGACAACGUUGCUCAUGCAUUAUUUAACGGUCAGCUGCCGGAUGAUUGGAGAAAGUUGGCUCCUGCUACCUGCAAGCAACUGGGUGACUGGAUAGAACAUUUACUGCGACGGUCGCAACAGUAUAAAUAUUGGUCAGUGUCUGGUGAACCGCUGGUGAUGUGGAUGUCUGGAUUGCAUAUACCGGAAAGUUAUUUGACCGCGUUAAUUCAGAUCGCCUGCCGCAAGAACAAUUGGCCGCUGGAUCGUUCGACACUGUUCACGACCGUCACGAGAUUUUUGCGCGAGGACGAAAUCGAAGAGCGGCCUGAAGCGGGCUGCUACGUGACCGGUUUGUUCCUGCAGGGCGCACGCUGGGAUGCGGAAAACCGAUGUCUGACACGUUCGACUCCAAAAGUGCUGGUCGAACCGUUGCCCGUGCUCUCGAUUGUUCCGAUAGAAACACACCGCCUGAAAUUACAAAACACAUUCCGAACUCCGGUGUACACGACGUCGCAACGACGCAACGCCAUGGGUGUCGGGUUGGUUUUUGAAGCCGAUCUUUACACCGAGGAACACAAUAGUCUUUGGGUGCUGCAAGGAGUCUGUCUUACAAUGAACUUGGAUUAG